UGCAGCAGCGACCAUGACAGGCAUCGCCGCUGCUUCUUUCUUUUCCAACGCUUGUAGGUUCGGGGGCUGCGGACUUCACUUCGACUCUCUGGCCGAGCUCAUCGUGCACAUCGAAGAUAACCACAUCGACACAGACCCCCGUCUUCUGGAGAAGCAGGAGCAGCAGCAGCCAACAUAUGUUGCCCUCAGCUACAUCAACAGGUUUAUGACGGAGGCUGCACGACGAGAGCACGACACCCUAAAGAAGAAGGUGCAACCCAAGUUGUCCCUGUCUCUGACAUGCAGUCUGUCCCGCAGCAGUGUUUCCACUCCGCCCCGCCACACCAGUGGAAACCUCACCCCUCCAGUCACCCCACCCAUCACCCCUUCCUCUUCUUUCCGUAGCAGUACACCAACAGGUAGCGAGUGUGACGAGGAGGAGGUAGACUUUGAGGAGUCUGACAGCGAUGAGUCGUGGACCACAGAGAGCGCCAUAAGCUCUGAGUCUAUUCUCAGCUCCAUGUGCAUGAACGGAGGAGACGAGAAGCCUUUCGCCUGCCCAGUACCAGGCUGUAAAAAAAGAUACAAGAAUGUGAACGGGAUCAAGUAUCACGCCAAAAACGGCCACCGCACCCAGAUUAGGGUGCGCAAGCCUUUCAAGUGCCGGUGUGGGAAGAGCUACAAAACAUCUCAGGGUCUGCGCCACCACACCAUCAACUUCCACCCACCCAUCUCCACUGACGUCAUCAGGAAGAUGCAGCAGUAGAGACAGAGUGGGUGACCAGCAACAUCCCGAACAUCUGAACUCCACUGUCACCAGCAGCAGCUGCUCCUCUUUCCCCUGAUCCCGAAACUCUUUCUCUCUCCUUUUUCCCACUUUAUGACACUAUUUUGAUUGCAUGAUAUAAAUGUGUUUUUAUCAUUCACUUUUGUUUUAUUCAGAACGUUGAAUCUUUAUGUAGUUCACAGUUUUGUAUUUUGCACAUUUAAGCUUUCAUUUACCUGCAAAACGUUAUUGUUUAUUGCGUAAAACAGGGCACUUUAACUUUGCCUCUGUCUCAUUUAAUUACAACAUAAUUCCCUAAAAUGAUGGGAUGUUGUGUUAAACAUAAAAAACAGAAUUUGAUGAUUUGCACAGCAAGGAAAACCCAUAUUUGAUCUGAAAUCUACAACAUAUCAGAUGUUCAAACUAAGAAUUGUUCAUGUUUCUAUGUCCAAAUUGAAUUGGACUAAAAAGUGUUUAAAAAAAGGUCGAACAGGUAUCAUGUUCACUUUUAGCAACAUUUUAUAAGUGUUGAGGGAACUGAAGGGACCUGGUAUUGUAAUGUAGAAAGGGGAAUGUUGUCCAAGUGUAGGAAAUUUAUUGAAGAGGAUUAGAGCCAUUGAAAAAAAUGGGUUGAUUUUUUUUUCAACCUCUAAAAGAAAUGUCCAAAUUCUGAGAUUAAAAUAAGAAUACAGAGAUAAAAGUCAGAAUUCAAAGGGGGGAAAAAGUCAAAAUUCAGAGAAAAGGUGUUAUUCUGAGAUCAAUAUCAGAUUUCUGAACAAAUGACUAUUAUUAGAUCAAAGUCAGAAUUUGAGAUUGAAGUCAGAAUUCUAAGAAAAGACAGAAUUCAUUCAUAAAAAGUCAGAAUUCUGAGAAAAAGGGUCAUCAUUCUGAGAGGAGAUUAAGAAUUCACAGGGAAAAGUCAGGAUUCAGAGAAAAUAAGUCAUCAUUCUGAGAUCUGAGUCAUAAAAAGUCUGUCUUAGAUAUCAGAAUUAUGUCUUUGAAUUGGAAAAAAAACAUCACAAUUUUUUUUAAGUGGCUAUAAUCCUCUUUCAUAGAAAUUAGGUUAUUUGUUACAUAGGCAACCAGCUAGAGUCAUAUUUUAUAUGGCAUGAGAAAUCCAAGCUAACUAUUAGAUCUAACGCUGAUUGAUUUCUGAGACCUUUUCUUUCAUAUCACAAGUAUUACAAACCUCUUUAUUUCAUCUUUUUUACUGCCUACAUCAAUGUGUGAGCACCAAAGGAUGAUCUCAGGGGACGUUUGCAAGCAUUUCAGCUCCACAAUCCUGCCCAAGUGUUCUGAUCAUAAUGAGUGGCAUCAUGGGAACUCCUUGUGCCAUUCUUUCUAAUGUAUCUGGUCACUUUUCUGACAAUUCAAGACAUUUUCCCUCUCUAAUUUUUAGAGAGGGAUAGAAGCACUUUUUGUAACAAGUUGCCAACAAAUAAGCAUUUUAUUGCCACUAUCUCGUUUGAGUCGUAUGUUCUGUUACGACCAAAAUGAGUUGAAAGGCCUUCAGAGAAGUUUGAAAUGCUCCCAGGGAAGAUGUUCACCAAACCUCCAGCAUUUCCAGUAUUUUGAUAUUUCUGUAUGUACAGCUGUUGCCUUCAUUUGUAUACCAUUCCAAUCAUUGCAGGACUUUGUAUGGCUUCAUUUUGGCUUUCAGCUCAGCUGAAAGAGGACAUUAUACUAACAUCCCAGUAGAGAUUGUUUGCUGUCGUGGACUGAAGAAAAUGGGGUGACAUUUGCCUUGUAUUUAGCACAUUUUCACUCUUGGAGUCCUGAUUUUUUCUGCAGGAAACAUGCCCAGCUCUGACUGUGUGCCAUAAAAAUAUGUCAGCUAAAGAAAACAUUAAAGCUGGGACAACAUCUAAAAUAUCUACUGAGCCAUUGUUUAACAUCCUCACUGCAUGAUGUUUGUGUUAAGAAACUAUGGUCCAAAUGAGAAUUGUGACAGUAUUGUACUGCCAGUAUGGAGGAAAGUGUUUGCUAUAGUGUACAGUGAAUGUAUUGUGUUAAGUGCAUUAAAUUAUAUUUUCAUAUGUCUCUGAAGUGAAAGUGUAAAGUGUAUGGUGAGUCAGAACCAGAGAGAUUAUUGUUGUACUGUAUUUCUUUAAAAAGCUGCUUCAUGUAAACUUUUGUUACGUUUAGAAUAAAAUUUCCUCUGA